UUCAGCAAAUUUAGACCCAAGGGAAGAACAUGAUCAGAGGAAACUAUAGUCUAGCGGCAGAGUUCAAAAAGAAUGAACUGAAGCAACAGCAUAAAAUCCAACAACGUCAGAAGCGACAACAUCAACUAACAAAGUUAAAUUCUGUAGAUCCAAUCAGACUAUAUAGGCAGAUUGAACUGUUAGAGGCAAAUCCUCAAAAAGAUCAAAAGGACCAUAAGAAAUUGAAACAACUAAAGUCUGAUUGGGAUUUCAUAGUGAAAAACAAAUUGCAUACUUCUAAAAUUGAACCAUUUUUAAAAAAAAUUGAAUCAGACAAGGAUGCUAAAAGAAAGGCUGAAAAGAAGUUAUGGGGAGCCAAGUCUGUCUACUUCAAUCCUGAGUUAAACCCUCUAGGUAAAGUUCCAAAUGCAGAGAAUCUUACGUAUAAAGUUUUGACUCCAUUGAAAAAUGAUACCAAACCAUUGAAGGCUCAUUCAUCGAAGAAAUAUGAAAAAGAUCCCUUGAUUGAUACCUUAGGAGUGGUUUUGCCUCCAGGUGAACCUCCAAUGUUUUACAAAGAAGUCUUUAAUACUAAGAAAGCCAUACGUAGUCAGAAGAGACCGGUUGAAGAUGACCAAGAACAGAAUUCAAAGAAACUUCGACAUGAUGAUUUCCAUAAUCAACUGUCAGAUAGUGAGGAUAUUAAUGACGACAAUGAAGAAUAUUCUGCCAACAAUGCAUUGGCACCCGAAGAGGAAGCCUACUGGAAUGCUAAAUAGAACUAAGGUAGCUUUUAUGUAUAUGUAUAUGUAUAUAACACGAGAAGAAAAGUAUUUACAAGAGUAGUAUGAAGAAGAUAUCUAUACAAG